AACACCUUUUUUUUUAGUCACUCCCCAGUACGCCUGAAGUCUUGUGUAAACAGGAGAACCUAAUGGGAGUCCGUCGAAAAAUAUCGCCUGGGAUGAUAUACUAAGUUUUAGUUGACGGCCGGUGUCUGAGUUUUACAUGGAGCUGGGGUUAAACAGCACAACAUACGGGGAUAUAGCUACUAACCAACCCGCGCGUCACAGCAGCUGGAGCUCGUGCGGCUAACAUUAGUUUGCGCUGCUAGCUUAGUUUAGCUUAGUUUAGCUAAACCUCGGUACCAGGCUUUCCUCUGGAUUAUAUCUUGCUGCGCGUUAUUUAUUUUAGCGACGUUACGAAACACAAAACUGCUUAAGAAACAGCGCGCAAUGUUUGUAAUAAGCGUUUCGGCUCGCUAGCUAAGGUAAAGCCGUGCUCUGUUAGCCAGUGAAAUGCGUUAGCCAGUGAGCUGCGUUAGUUAGCAAGCGUCUGCUGGAAAAUAUUAUAUCGACCGUAAAGCUGUUUGACAGCCUGACAUGGUAAACAGCAAACUUAAAAAAAACGUCAAGUGCAAUUGUUUUUGCUAGCUAGCGACACCAAAGCCAUGUCACGUGACAUGCACAGGUAGCUAGUGAGCAGUGUAGCCUUAACCAAGGGUCGUGUUAUUUAAAAUAAUAAUAAUAAUAAUAAUAAUAAUAAUAAUAAUAAUAAUAAUAAUCAACAACACAGGAAGCGACCAAGUAAUUCGCGUCAGCUAAGCUACACAUGAUCUGAUGUGAGAGUGUGUGUGCGCAGCUGCAUUACUCCCCCAUGACCCACACAGUUUUGCUCAUCCAGCUGUGCCACCGGAAUAACAAUGUCAGACAAUCAGGGCAACUUGAACAACAACAACGUGCCUUUGAACAACAACAACAACAACGGCGCGGCGAACCGACUCCGAAACCCGAACAUCAACCAGAACCCCCUCAUCAAUGUGCGGGACCGACUCUUCCACGCCCUCUUCUUCAAGAUGGCAGUCACAUACGCCAGACUGUUUCCUCCGUCUUUUCGGCGGGUUUUCGAGUUCUUCGUCCUUCUGAAGGCCUUGUUUGUGCUCUUCAUUCUGGCCUACAUCCACAUCGCGUUCUCUCGUUCACCCAUUAACUGCUUGGAGCACGUACGUGAGAAGUGGCCACGCGACGGCAUCCUGCGCGUGGAGAUCCAGCGCAACUCCAGCCGCCCGCCCAUUUUCCUGCAGUUCUACGAGACGGAGGGAUUCCAGGGGCUCGUCAAAGAGCCGGACGGGGACACGGACGACACCGGCCCAGUUCCCGUUCACCAAGACGAUGAGGACGAAGAGGAGAUGACUGUUGAAAUGUUUGACAACAGCUCUGUGAGGUUUGAGCUGGACAUUGAACCUCGACUGAAGCCUUUGGCGAGCGAUGGCGCCCCAGGCUCGGGCUCGAACGACACCCAGGACCUCUCCUUCAGCCAGGCUCCCUCUAAAGGUAUGCAGCCGCUGAAGGAGACUGUCUCCGAGAUUGAGAUGCUUAUGAGAGCAGUGUGGCCUCAAGAGGAGUACAUCGUGGAGUAUUCCCUGGAGUACGGUUUCCUGCGGCUGUCUCAAACCACACGACAACGUCUUAACAUUCCCGUCAUGGUGGUUACUCUGGACCCAGUAAAGGACCAGUGCUUUGGUGAUGGUUUCAGCCGCUUCCUCUUGGACGAGUUCCUUGGCUAUGAUGACAUACUGAUGUCUAGUGUUAAGGCUUUAGCAGAAAAUGAGGAAAAUAAAGGCUUCUUGAGGAACGUGGUAUCAGGAGAACACUACCGGUUUGUCAGUAUGUGGAUGGCGCGAACCUCCUACCUGGCUGCCUUUGUAAUCAUGGUGAUUUUUACGUUGUCUGUGUCCAUGCUGCUCCGCUAUUCCCACCACCAGAUCUUUGUUUUCAUAGUGGACCUCCUGCAGAUGCUCGAGAUGAACAUGACCAUCGCGUUCCCGGCUGCUCCUCUUCUCACUGUAAUCCUGGCUCUUGUGGGAAUGGAAGCCAUCAUGUCGGAGUUUUUCAACGACACGACUACAGCGUUCUACAUCAUCCUCAUCGUGUGGCUGGCGGAUCAGUACGACGCCAUCUGCUGCCAUACCAACACGAGCAAGCGCCACUGGCUCAGGUUCUUUUAUCUGUAUCAUUUUGCGUUCUAUGCCUACCAUUACCGCUUUAACGGGCAGUACAGCAGCCUGGCUCUGGUCACUUCUUGGCUCUUCAUUCAGCACUCCAUGAUCUACUUUUUUCAUCACUAUGAGCUGCCAGCCAUCCUGCAGCAGAUCCGCAUCCAGGAAAUGCUGCUGCAGAACCAGCAGGCUGCCCAGGGCAACCAGACAGCACUGCAGGACAACUUGAACAACAACACCACCACCAAUGCUGUGGCGCAUGCUGACAGACCAAGUGCAGCCAGCUCGGUCGCUGCCAAUGGCCAGGAGCGCCAGGCAACCCUGACCCAGCCACAGGCUGAAGCUACUAAUGGCCUUCCUAAUCUUGCCGCAAGUGAUCAGGACUGGAUGUCUGAGACGGCAGCCAUCAUCACAGACGCCAUCAUCAUCACGGAGGCACUGUCAGCCCCGCUUCAGGACACUAUAGCAUCCACUGCAGACAUCAGUGUCGCACCGAGAGCAGAAAUAGCAGGAGAGAAUGUGGAGGGGAGCGACAGAUCAGCCGGACCCCAAGGAGGGGGAGGGGACGAUGAGGCAGGAGCAACUCCUCACGUCACGGACUGCACAGAGGCGGAGGUGGACAAAACGGACGCGUGUCAAUGGGACGCCAAAAAGGAGGGAGAGUGUCACACUGAGCCUGCCACAGCCGGCCCUGACUCCGGCCCCUCCUGAGCUCAGCUCUCACUCCAAACCCCAUAAUUUCGCCUUUUUACCUCUUCAACUAGCAGCAGCAAAGCUUUUCACCCUAAAUGCAUCUGUAAAGCGUCAUGGGGAAGAAGAGCACGAAUAGCGAUGGAGCACGGUGUAAUCGCACCCUGAAAAGGAAAGGGGGGGAGGAGGACGUAAAUGUUUUCUUUUCUUAAGGACUUGAAGUGAAAAUGGAUGCUGGGAUUAUAAUUGAAAAUACACCACAUGUGUGGGUGUGAUCAUUCAGAGCAGUUGUGCAUUUCUGUUUCUUUUCUUUCUUUCUUUUUUUUUUUAUAUAUAAGAUUUAACGAUCGGUUUCUUUAGACACUGGGUGUGUUUGUCUUCGAUAACGUGUUUAACAACGAUCGUACUUCUGAUGGCGUAUCGAGAGUCGUUCAGAGCUCAGCACCGACCCUGCGUUAUCCAAAAAGGAGCAUCUAGUCUUUACCGUAACCGAUCAUCCACGCCAAAUAUAGCAAGCGGUUAAUAUUUCGAUUCUAGAUUUUGAGGUACGAGGUUCUUAUGCAGCAGCAGACGACCCAGUGUCACAUUGAAACCGAGCGCUCACCUGAAAGUAGUUUACCUUGUGAAAGUGUAGUUCUUAGUCCACGAUGCCUUGAAAAAUCUGUUGUAUUUUAAGUGAUUUCCGAAGACGACGUUUAGGUGUCGAGGACUUGCUUUUCUCAAGAACGCAAGAAGAAAAAAAAAAAAAAUCCUAUUUGGAACAGAUUGUCGAUCUUGUUGAUUACUGCACUAAUUUCAUUACGAAACAGUUAGGCUCAGUCUGUUCUUGUGCAAUCCCAAGAAGAUCUCUAAAGGUGCCCCGGUGAAUCCUGUCUGGUUAGAGAGGCAGGGCUUGUCAUUUGUGUAAUUAUUUAGGGGUACAGAUAUUUUGUUAAGGUUUUUAAUUCCUUCAGUUCAGGGAUAUCUCAUUCGCGGGCUUCGAGAAUGGUCGCCUUUAGCAUGUAGUACUAUGAACCCGUUUUUAAUAUGCUAUAAGGUUACACCAUAGCUCUAAAGCCUCCUCAGAGCGAACAUCUUAUUAAUGUGCUUGAUCAUUUUUGUCGCUUUUUGCUUAUGUGUAUGUAUUAAUUGCAUUCUCAAAACAAAACCAGCCAUACGAAUGGGUACACCCCCCUCCAAACCCCAUAUUACAAAACAUAUUAUUAUUUCUCCAUCAAAUAUGUAAUGUAACUCUCAUGGAAUGUAGGAGUACAGGAAUAGUAAAAAGAUUUCUGAUACUCCCAUGGGUACUUCAAGGCCUACCAAGACCGGGUUCAAUAGAAGAGCAGGAGAACGUCGUGCUUUAAGUGCCGUUCGAAACCUACGUGGAACGACCCGGUCUUUAUGCUAGUACCAGUUAGACAAACAAAAACAAGCAUCAUCAAAGAUCGGUAAAUAUUUUAUGUGCAAAUAGCUUUGUAAAAGCGAGGGAAACCGAAUGAAGAGAUUUGUAUGCUUUAUAGAUCGUGCCUAGAGAGACAGAUUCAGCCAAUUAAUAAGAAAAUCUGGCUUUUACAAGGUUAUUCUGUCCAAAUAGAUUAAGCUUAACGUGUCGCAGAUGGUCUCGACUCUUUCAGCGAGGGAAGACUGGAAGAAACUGUGCAAUUUCUUUGGCAGGGUUUCAUUCAAAAGGCUAUGCAACAAAACGACAAGGCAAAACGUCAGCGGCUCUGGGAAGGACGGCUUCAUCCAAAACGUGUGCAAUAAGUCAAGUCAGUCCGAGACAGAUUUUCAGCAUGAGUGCUCCACAAACGAGCUUUUAUGAUCGAUUUUUUUUUUUGUUGUUGUUGUUGUUCUUUUCUUUCUUUUUUCCUGUGCCUAUUUGCCGUUCUGUGUCAGAAUGCAGGAGGAUGAGUUUCUAUAUCCAUUCAUCAUAGAAGAUGAAAAUCCACAGUUCUGUGAUGAACUGUAUUUGCUCUUUCAUCCAGUUGUAUUUAAAUGUAAAAAAAAAAAAAGAACGAAAUGCAUAAAGCGACAAAAGGAUUUUUCCA